AUGUGGGCUACUUCAGAAGAUAUAUUUACAGGAAAUGCAGGAAAUAGUAGCAGAGAUGAUGAAAAGGCUCUGGUGUUGGCUACUUUGCAGAGGUCUCCUUCUUAUGUUCAGGCCCGGACCGCGGUUUUUCGCAACCUUGGCGGAGAGAUGUCAUUGAUUGAUGUUAGUAAAGUUAAAGAUGCAGAACAGAGGCAAGUAGUGGAUAAGUUGAUUAAAGCUGUCAAUGAAGAUAUGGAGCUGUUUUUCAAAAGAGUUAGACAAAGAUUUGAUGCAGUUUAUCUGGAAUUUCCGAAAGUUGAGGUUCGAUUUCAGAAUCUGAAGGUGGAUGCAUUAGUCCAUGUUGGAAGCAGAGCACUGCCAACCAUCCCAAAUUUUGUUUUUGAUAUGACUGAGACUUUCUUGAGACAGCUCAGGAUUUUCCCUGGUAGAAGAAAGAAUUUAUCUAUAUUAAACAACAUCAGUGGAAUCAUUCGUCCUUCAAGGUUGACACUCCUUUUGGGCCCCCCAAGCUCUGGAAAGACUACAUUUCUUUUGGCUCUUGCAAACCGCCUUAGUCCUUGCUUGCAGAUGUCAGGGAAUAUUACGUAUAAUGGACACAAUCUGAAGGAGUUUACACCUCAGAGGACUUCAGCAUAUGUUAGCCAGCAGGAUUGGCAUGUUGCAGAGAUGACAGUGAGGGAGGUCCUUGAAUUCUCAGGAAGCUGUCAGGGUGCUGGAUUUAAGAGUGAAAUGCUUAGGGAACUUCUGAGCAGAGAGAAACGUGCUGGAAUAAACCCGGAUGAAGAUCUAGAUAUGUUCAUCAAGGCAGUGGCACUAGGGGAGAAGACAAGUGUUCUUGUGGAGUACAUCAUAAAGAUAUUAGGAUUGGAUAUGUGUGCUGAUACAUUGGUGGGAGAUGAAAUGCUAAAAGGGAUCUCUGGGGGCCAGAAAAAGCGACUUACCACCGCUGAACUGCUCGUGGGUGCAUCUAGGGUCCUUUUCAUGGAUGAGAUAUCGACUGGACUAGAUAGUUCAACAACUCAUCAAAUUAUCAAAUAUCUAAGGCACAAAACGCAUGCUUUUGAUUGUACAACACUAGUAUCGCUUUUGCAACCGGAUCCUGAAACUUAUGAGAUGUUUGAUGACAUAAUUCUUUUAAGUGAGGGGCAAAUUGUGUAUCAGGGACCUCGUGAAGCUGCAAUUGAAUUUUUCGCAUUUAUGGGUUUUAGGUGUCCAUACAGAAAAAAUGUUGCCGACUUUCUACAGGAGGUUAUAUCUGAAAAGGAUCAACAGCAGUAUUGGUUCCUCGACAAUCCUUACAGAUAUGUACCUGUUGAAAAGUUUGUAGAAGGUUUUCAAUCCUUUCGUGUAGGUAAUUCUUUGUCCCAGGAGUUGGCUAUUCCAUAUGACAAACGUUACAACCAUCUGGCUGCUCUAUCAACUAGUACUUAUGGUGUAACAAGGGCCAGGCUUCUGAGGAUUAGUUUCUCUUGGCAGAUACUACUACUGAAGCGGAAUUCGUUUGUAUUUAUUUUCAAAUUUAUACAGCUUCUUCUAAAUAUUUUGAUCAUAAUGAGCGUGUUCUUCCGACCAACAAUGCAUCACAAUACACUUGAUGAUGGAGGUGUAUACCUUGGUGCACUUUACUUUGCAUUAGUUAUGAUUCUUUUCAAUGGAUUCAUGGAGGUCCCAAUGUUGAUAGCCAAGCUUCCCGUUCUUUACAAGCACAGAGACCUGCACUUCUACCCCUGCUGGAUAUACACUCUUCCCUCUUGGAUUUUGAGUAUUCUCCCUUCACUUGUAGAAUCUUUUUUAUGGGUAGGUGUCACAUAUUAUGUUAUUGGCUUUGAUCCCCAAAUAAUGAGAUGCUUAAAGCAAUUCUUGUUAUACUUCUCUUUGCACCAGAUGUCAGUAGCCCUUUUCCGCGUGAUGGCAUCAUUAGGCCGAAAUAUGAUAGUUGCCAACACAUUUGGAUCUUUUGCAUUGCUUGUUGUCAUGGCUCUAGGAGGUUUUAUUCUUUCAAGAGAUAGCAUCCCAGUUUGGUGGAUCUGGGGUUAUUGGCUUUCCCCUUUGAUGUAUGCCCAAAAUGCAGCUUCUGUGAAUGAAUUUCUGGGCCACUCCUGGGAUAAGAAAGCAGGGAACAACAGUACUUUGUCUUUGGGAGAGACGUUACUCAAGAUUCGCGGCUUAUUUCCCGAUAGCUAUUGGUAUUGGAUUGGCGUUGGAGCAUUACUGGGAUAUACACUACUAUUGAAUAUUCUCUUCACAUUAGCUCUGACUUACCUAAACCCCCUAGGGAGUCAGCAAGCUGUUGUUUCCAAAGAAGAUUCCAAAGACAACAAGGGACAAGAGAGUGAAUCGUCCAUCAUUUCUCUCAGAGAGUUUCUUCAACAUUCAUACUCGUAUAGCGGAAAGAACAUUAAUAAACAAAGAGGCAUGGUUCUUCCUUUUGAACCUCUUUCAAUGUGCUUUAGCGACAUCAGCUACUACAUAGAUGUUCCUCUGGAACUGAAAGGACAGGGCUCACCAGAAGACAGGUUGCAGCUACUGGUAAAUGUUACUGGAGCAUUCAGGCCAGGUGUACUUACAGCAUUAAUUGGUGUUAGUGGUGCUGGCAAAACUACACUCAUGGAUGUUUUAGCCGGUAGGAAAACUGGUGGAUAUAUCAAAGGCAGUAUCUAUAUUUCAGGAUAUCCCAAAAAGCAAGAAACAUUUGCAAGAAUUUCUGGAUAUUGUGAGCAGAAUGAUGUUCAUUCCCCGUGUCUGACUGUGCAUGAAUCACUUCUCUUUUCUGCUCAUCUCCGGUUAUCAUCUCAGUGUGACCUCAAAACACAAAGGGCUUUUGUAAAUGAGGUCAUGGAACUGGUCGAACUAACUCCACUACGUGAAGCAUUAAUUGGUGUACCUGCAGUUAAUGGUUUGUCAAUAGAACAAAGGAAAAGACUGACAAUUGCAGUUGAGCUUGUGGCCAAUCCUUCUAUUGUGUUCAUGGAUGAACCGACUUCAGGACUCGAUGCCAGGGCUGCUGCUGUUGUGAUGAGAACUGUGAGGAAUAUUGUUGACACUGGACGGACAAUUGUUUGUACUAUUCACCAGCCCAGCAUUGACAUUUUUGAAUCUUUUGAUGAGCUUAUACUCAUGAAACAAGGUGGACAGCUCAUUUAUGCUGGUCCGUUGGGAAACAGAUCUUCUAAACUCAUUCACUAUUUUGAGUCUAUUCGAGGAGUUCAAAAAAUCAGACCAGGAUAUAAUCCAGCCACCUGGAUUCUAGAAGUCACAUCAACUGCAGAAGAAGUUCGCCUUGGUUUGGACUUCGCACAAAUUUAUCUCCAAUCAAAUUUAUUCCGGAGAAAUAAAGAUCUGGUCAAAAGUUUAAGCAAAGCAGAUAAAGAUAAUGAUUUAAGCUUCCCAAGCAAAUAUUCACUGUCAUUUUUUGGUCAAUUUCUGACGUGCCUUUGGAAACAAAACUUGUCCUACUGGCGAAACCCACAGUACACUGCCGUGCGCUUCUUCUACACUGUGAUAAUUUCAUUGAUGUUUGGAACAAUAUGCUGGAAAUUUGGUUCCAAAAGGGAAACUCAGCAGGAUAUAUUUAAUGCUAUGGGAUCCAUGUAUGCAGCUGUCUUAUUCAUUGGGAUCACAAAUGCUACUUCUGUGCAACCGGUGGUUUAUGUUGAAAGGUCUGUUUCAUAUAGAGAGAGAGCAGCAGGAAUGUAUUCUGCACUACCAUUUGCCUUUGCACAGGUUAUAGUUGAGUUCCCAUAUGUAUUUGUGCAGUCACUUAUAUACAGCACUAUCUUCUACUUCAUGGCCUCUUUCGAGUGGAAUAAAUGGAAGUUUCUUUGGUACAUAUAUUUCAUGUAUUUCACAUUACUCUACUUCACCUUCUUUGGAAUGAUGACUACUUCUAUUACACCGAAUCACAAUAUUGCUGCAAUCCUUGCUGCGCCAUUCUAUAUGAUGUGGAACCUUUUCAGCGGCUUCAUGAUUUCCCGCAUGAGGAUUCCCAUAUGGUGGAGAUGGUAUUACUGGGCAAAUCCUAUAGCUUGGAGUUUAUACGGGCUUCUCACAUCCCAGUACGGAGACAUAAACGAAUCAGUAAAACUUGCCGAUGGCGUUCACUCGGUGCCAGUAAAGCAAUUGCUCAAAGAUCAGUUCGGGUUUAGGCAUGAUUUCUUGGGUGUUGCUGAGAAGGUGAAGGAAAGGAUGAAACUCACUUUCACAUUUGGGUUAUAUAGUUGUAACAUAUUCGGUAAGGUGGAUCUGACAAUAUUGGUUCUUAAUCCUGCCUCGUCUAGUAUUUUGCGUCUUGUUCCAAUUUUGUUCAAAGGCAUAAAGAAAGAAAAGACUAAUAUUCAAGAUGAAUUCUCAAUUAUAAUCGAAUGA